CAAAUUUCCGCUCCCCUUUCCUCCGUACCCUCGUCCCUGCUAUCGGUACAGCCUUCGCUAUCCAAUCCGCAGUCGCGAUUCCGAGUAUCUUGGCGCAGUCAGAACGGUUUUAUGAUUUGAGUGGUAGUUUGACUUAUUUGAGUGUGGUGGGGUUGAGUUUGUGGUUACCUGGUUUGAGGGAGGGGGUGAGGGGAGGGAGGGUUGAGGUAGGUGUUUUCUUUGGUUUUCUUUGGAGGGGGGAGAGAUGGGUGGGUUGAUGAGAGAAAAUUGCUAAUUAAAAGUAUCAGUGGUCUAAACUCCUCGAUGCAUUUUCAAAAAAUGCAGCUCCCAAUGCUUUGAAUUGGAGACAGGUGGUUCUUAGUGCUGCGGUGGGUAUAUGGGCUACUAGACGUAAGGUUUUUUCUUUUCUUCUUCUCUCAUGUUUCUCUUACUCUUCAUUCCUUUUUUCGUUAUAAAAAGUGCUUGAGUGGCUGGUUGGGAAGGUGGAGAGAUGAAGAAGAGAGGGUCAUAGAUUUGCAAAGAUAGGUACUAACUUUCGAAUAUAGUUGGUAGCUAUCUUUUUAUGAGGAUACUUGGGGAUGGUCAUGAUUCUCGUUGUAAGUUUUUAUUUUCAUGUUGAUGUUGAUGUUGAUGUUCUGGACGAAAAACAGAAUCCGAAUUCAUUCUGCAUCUCUCAUAUAUUCUACUUCUCUUCAUACUUCUCCUCUUCCUGCCUACUACUUUUCAAUCUUCACCAACAAACAACCUAACCCCAAACUUCUAGUCGAUGAAAUCAAAAAAUCACCUCCCAGAUUCCUCGCCGCUUUCACCGCCCAAGCAACCUGGGUAUCCCUCUGCUGCCUCCCCGUCAUCGCCUUAAACGCUCUUCCCCGUCCGCUCCUAGCAACCCUCCCCACCCUAAUGCUAACCGAUAUCCUCGGACUCCUCCUCUUCACCGGCGGACUCACCUUUGAAAUCCUAGCCGACCGACAAAAAUCCGCCUGGUCAGCGGCCAAAAAGCGAAAAGAACACGAUGAGGAUUUCCUUACUUCAGGUUUGUGGUCUAAAUCUAGACAUCCAAAUUAUUUUGGUGAAGCGACUUUGUGGACGGGAAUUGCGGUGCUUAGUGCGGGGAUUUUGGCUGGGAAGGUUGGUCAGUUGGGGAUGGGGACUACUGGAUGGGGUAUCUGGGGUAGGGCUUUGGGUGUGGGGAUUGCGGGGGUUAGUCCGGCUUUUGUGUCGUUUCUGUUGUUGAAGGUUAGUGGGGUGCCGUUGAGUGAGGUGAAGGUAUGUGUUUUUUAAUUUUCUUUUGUGUUUGUUUGGUUUUCUUGUCUGUUUGUUAUAUAUGAUGGAUAGUAAAGAUCUGGGAUGAGGUAGAGUGGGUGAGUAUGAGUGAGAGUGAUUGAGUGCGUAUGAGUGAGAAAACCUUACAUGUGCCUUGCACAUGUAGAGAGAUGGGUUUUUCAUCACUACUCAAUCCCAAAGAAGUUCCAAUCUACAAUCUUGCAAGCGCGAGAAUCUACUUUCUAGAGAUCUGGCGGGGAUAUUAUAUAUGGUGGAAAGCAUACAUACAAAGUAUACAGAAUUAAACUAAUCGGUUAAUCUUGAAUGAAAUAGUAUGAUAAGAAAUAUGGACAUCGAAAAGAUUAUCAGGAGUGGAAGAAGAAUACUCCGGUGUUUUUUCCGAAGUUUUAGAUUUGGAAUUUGAGGGUGAGGGGUUUAGGGUUUGGGGGUUUCUGGUUUAGGUUUAGGUUUUGAGGAGUUGAAAGGGUGAGAUGAUAGUAAAAAUUUAAAAGGUGUGUAUAGUAGAAAGGAGCGGAAAGAAGAAGAGGAGAG